AUUCGGACCUGCUAUGGUUUUCAAUUGUUGUGUCAAAUAAAGAAAUUAUCUACAAUUAAAUCCAUGAUAAAAUGUCUGUUUCGUCUGUAAGUGCAGUUUUGCAGACUUGCUUUAUCUGUGCUCCGUCGGAUAACGAAGACCAAUGACGAAGGGGCUAGGCAAAAGGGAUUUAUGUCUACGUAGUUCUUUUAACUAAGUCAGGAGUCGGUGAAUGAUUAAAAGGACCAUGACUUUUCAAUAAUUCUGAGAUUUAAAAGUGUCCGACCAAGACGAAAAUCUAAACGUUCGUAACGAGCUACGGACAUGUUUGACCGAACUGGAAAUGUGGCAGACAUUUUGUCUGACGAGUCUCCAAAAAUUACUUUGAGGACUGCCAUUGCAUGCUACAAAAUGGAUUUUUAGGUUGAUUUUCAAAACUCAAUACUUAUUUUUCAGACCUGCGAUUAAUCACACCUGAAACGAUUAAGGCGUGUGCCAAGGCGUGCGCGUGUAAUCUCACGCCUCUCCUGAAAAAGACCAACAUUAGCCUGCCAAAAAGAGUUUAUUCAAACUUAAUAUGAUUUCUUAUACGCUGUUAAAUGAUUACAGUAAUGUUAUUUUUCUUUUAUGGAUUAAAUAAGAAAACCUUUUCUUACCCACUUUUUACUAAUUUGGGCACUUAGUUUGGGCACCCAAACCAGGAUACUGACGUCUAAAACCCUCUGGAUACGCCACUGCAUCAUCUUACCUUUGCGUUUUCUUUGUCAUACUUUUUAGAUAAUAAAAAAAUGGAUGAUGAAUACAUUCAUCCUACAUCCACUUUGCAGCAAACACCACUUUUGACAACAUUUCAACCAGUUGCACCUGCAUCUGUUGCAGUAUCACAAAUAACGCCAUCCAAUUAUUUGACUAAAUCGCUUGCCUCAACUACGGGCUUGGGUUUUGCUUCACAGGCUGCAGGUGUUAUUCAGCCAGAUGUUUUACCAGCAGUGAUGCCAAAAAAUCUGGUUCCAAGCAAGCCUAUUGCAGUACAACCUGUUCUUUAUCCUGGUGUGGAGCGGUCAUUGAAUCGAACAGUAUCAAGUCAAGGCUUACACAAAGGGGUCAUUUAUGCCUUCUCACAAUAUUCACCAUUUGUAAGUAUCCCUGCACCCGCCACUGCAAAUUUAUCCCAUGUUGUUGGUGAAAAUGACAACAGCAAUCUUGGCCCUGAAGAUGUUGCAGAAGUGCGACAGAUGACAAGUGCCGCAGCAGCAGCAUCACUACAUGAGCAUACACCUCGUUUAAAUUGCGGCAAGUGCCAGAAUGGUGGUGAACUGCGCCUAUCUGAAUUAUCUGAGAAGCUUAAUUCUAUUCAUGUACCUGAUGGUUUUUGUCUUGUUGGUGCAAAAUCACCUAUGUUGCCAGGAAUAACGUUAGUGACAGUUGUCGACCGGAGGUACUUACCAGGAGAUCCCAACACUAUAACGAUGUUAGGAUUUAGUGGAAACUGUAUUGGUUGUGGUGCUACUGGUUUCAGAUAUUUCACUGAAUACUCUACCCACAUCAACUUAAAACUUGCAACCCAACCCAAGAAACAAAAACACUUGAAAUAUUAUAUUGCCAAGAAUCAAGAUGGAAAAUUUGGCAGGGGUCCUCUUAUACCUUGGAAAGGAACAGAAACUAGAAAACGAAGUGUUCCGGCGCAUAAUCUUCACCUACUUGGCCGAACACCUGCAGUUGUACCAUCUAUUACUAUUGCUUCACAAGAACUUUACCAACCUCCUAUUAUUGUUUCAACUGAUAUUACAUCUGAUCGCGAACCUGUACUCAAAAAAGUUAAAUUGAUGUUGGACGAAGAACAGAAAAUCACUGAUGCAAACACCUCAGUUAAAAUGAGCAUAGGAUCUGAUCCACAAGAUGUUGAAACUGAAGAGAAUGAUGAUGAUCACACAACAGAGGCUGAUGCCGAUUUAGCAUUCAAGUUACCAGUCUCCUCAAUUUGUGGUGUUCGGCCAGUACUCUUACUGUGUCAGCACAACCCAUGUAAACUUCCAACCUCUGUAAAUGACAUCAUUAUUAGUGACUUGCUUGUGGACUGUUUUGAGUGGCCAGAUACAUUUAUGCAUGGUACAGCUAACACAUCCAAUGUAGAGUCCUGCAAUGCUAAUGCAGUCACCACUCAAAACCACAGUAAUGUUGAACAAAGUGCAGCCAACAUGUUGGUUAAUAUGGGAUGGAAUUCAUCUGCAGAUCCACCUGAUCAGUCUAUUAGUGUUAAGGACAGUGAUUUAGUGGUGCAAAUAAAGAAAGAAGCAAACGUGCAAAAUAGAGAUCAUUCUGGCUCAUCCUUAACUUUGCAAGCUGCCAUCAUACUUACAACUCAACAUUUGUGCAGCCUCGAUGAUACCAGUAUUAGUAAGGAGCAUAUUGAAUUAAUGCUAAGCAAAGCUAAGAUAGAAAUUCAUGGUUCUAUGAACCAAGGGCAUUCUAUCGGAAAAUACUUAAUUCAAAAUCCCUUGCAACUUUCUCUUAUGGUUAAUCUGCAAUGUAGUGCAUCAAAUGGUAGAGUGAAGGCCAUCACUUCUACUAACUCUUUCCAAAAUGGAUUUUAUAAAGCAUUACGAUGGAUUCAUGAUACAUUCUACAUGUCAGCAGUUUCCAACAAAAAACUGUUGAUUCCAAAUUUUGUUAUUAUUUUAUCUACCCCACCGAAUGGACCAACAGAAUUUGGGGUGUUGGUUACAGGAAUAAGUCAUGCAAAAAUUAUUGCAGAAUGUCUUGGUAUCAAUCACAUCAUGCAAUCUAUAAAUAACAGGCCACAAAAUGCCAGACUUCAGUUUGAAACUGAUUUAAUGAGAUUAAAAAAGCAAUUUCACCAAACAUCCGAAGCUUUGAACUUGUUAAUAACAAUGUUUGAAGAUGCCCGUGAGAAUAUGGUGUAUGUUCCUUUUAAUGCAUAUGCUGGAAUGAGAAUCAGACAUUCUCAAGCACAAGAAUACAAGCCAACGGUAGCUCCUAUCUCUGCGGUACCACCUCAUACCAAAGGAAUCUUUGCAAACCAGUACGCCAUGGCCAAUCAGCUUCUUUCACAAGUGCGCAACAUUGCUGAAAAUCCAGAAAUCCUUGAUUUGACAUCGUACUUAAAAGUGGAAAUUCUCAUUGUUGUACCUCCAACAAUAUCGCUGUAUUAUUUGACAGUAAAACGUCUUUGUGAAUCUGGAGUACUUAACUAUUUGGGUUUGGAGACGGAGGAUGUCAGUAGUAAUUUCAAAGUCGGGGGAAAAUAUGUAAUUACAUACAGCGAUUGGCCAGAAUCAGUUAGCCGUUGGAAGAGUUUUGUGCACAAUUGUCAAUCUUCUCAUGAUACCUUGUUUUUGUUAAUCUUUGAUCAAGCUCAGCGCUACAGUUUACCACAAGGUAUGCCAGAUGUUUUGCCCAAUUUAAAAGAGGUAUUUGAAUCACCCAAUGUGCUUCCGGUUUUUGUAACAGCUGUUCCUUAUAUGUUCCAAACAAGAAAAUCCUUCAUUGAUCCUGAUAAUGAAGUUUAUUGGACAGAUGCCAGAAGAACAUCAGCUGUUAUGAAAAACAUGGACGAAAAAUGCAUUAUGAUCAAUGAUCAAGACAUGAUCUAUUUUGGCACAAAAGAAUUCUGUGAGUCUACCCGUUGGAAUCAGCAGUAUGCGUUAAUACGCCAUGAAGAAACCUUUGAUAUAGCUGUACCUAAAGCUAACAGGCUAAAUGACAUCAGUUACAGUGUUGUUCAAGGCUUUGUUCUCCUGCGCUUAUACCAGGCGUCACUAAUGGUUGCAGGUGGUAUCAAGCCUGCAGAGCCAUACGCAGUGAUGUCUAUUAUUCGCAUGGUAAACGAUGUUGUUGAGUCACCUUUACGAAAUCCGGACGGCAGUGGAUACAUGUUAAUGAUUCGUAUUCCAAGCAAGUAUAUGGGGAAAUAUUUUCACGAGGUCUUGCUGAAAACCAGAAACAGUUUGGGAUUUGAAUAUCGUUUUGAUGUAAUAUACGACGAUGGAGAUCAGGAACUUCAGAUUGGUGACUUCUUUUUGGAUCGAAUGAGAAUGUGGAGGCGAAAAAGAGGCUGGAAGGAAGAAAGUGCUAGCAAGUGGAAACCUCAGUGCUUAGAAGAUUUGUUGGAUUUACCCUGCAUACUUAUUCUGUCGGGUGAAGACAGAGCAGGAGAAACUUUUCCAAGGUCGUUAAAAUAUGCAGACUUUAACGUAUUUAACCACAGCAGUUUUCAUCGUUCCACCAUUGAAUCUGAGAUUGGUUCUGUCGCUUGCUACUUGAGCGUCAAUGCAGGUACACAUUUGGCUAUAUCAGGCAAGCCGGUGGUGAUGAAUAAUUUACGAACAGGUGUAGGAACAACUUAUUUAUCACAGAGGAGAAUGCAUCUAUUAAAAGAUCAAUCAUUGGAAAAAGUCGAAAAAGCCGACCCAAGCAAAACUGAUCCAGAUGGUUGGCAUUCAAAAGAAAAUUCUGAGAAAUGCGAAGCUUGUUUAAGCAAAGAUCAUGUGAAGCAUCAUGCAGACACCAGCACUCACUUUUCAUCCAAGUACCCUCUGCCUAUCCUUCUCGUGUCGAAACCUUUAUGGCAGUUGUUACAAUCCGAAAGUGGAACCACCCCUACGUUGGUGCACUUAAAUUCUGAUCCGAACACACGAUGGGUUCGAAGCGACAGACCGAUUUUAACUACGUCUAAGCCAGAUCGCAUGUCCAGACACUACCGUCGAUGGACGGACGCACGACCUGUACGGCGAGUAUUGACCACCCCAGGGCCGACUUCUUCUCCACCAUCACCUAGUGAAGAAAAAAGUGAUGAAGAUCUCAGAAGAUUGUUUACUGUGGGUCGGGGGUAUCACGGAAGUGACAAAAAUUUGUCUGCAAAAGGUUCUGAAGAGCAGAUUGAUCACGAAGAUAAAGAUAACGAAGAUUCAGACAAAGAUAAAUACCACCCAAGGUGUUUGCUUCUCUCAGGACCACCGCAGGCCGGGAAGACUGGUGCAUACUUGCACUUCGCUCAACUUCUACAUCGCAUGCUGGUUCGAUUAAAACGAGUGGAUGUGUAUGAUAACCGAAUCUCCUACACAGCUAAUCAGCAAACACGCGAAUUAUCUGUCCUUGAAAUAUUACGUUCAACGAAAUUCGUUCCCGGUUUUUUAGACACCAAAUACGAUGUUUUUAGUUUACCUCAUGUUUGUACUAUUGAAGAUGAAAUGGAAGAACAAGUUUUAUCUCGAGCAAAAGAUGAGGGCAGCGUUGAUGCUCUUGUGAUUUUAGCUAAAACCGCUGCAUACGACACGUUCCAUCACUGCGACAUGUGUCGCUUUUAUCGUGAAGGAAUUGCAAAUAAUGCUUCGCAAGUGUCAACCUAUCAAUUGGAUAAUGUGGGAAGUGAUCACAGGUCUGUCAAUCUUCUUGUGGUCAUACCUCCUAUCCACACUAAGCAUUUCAUCUUCGAGGAAGGCAGUACGAACAUAACCAAUGUGGUUUUUUCCCAAUAUAACGAGCCCUUUAUUCCAACUGAAGAUUCAACUGUGCUUACUGGGUGUUGUGUUAAAACACCCAUAUUGAUGCUAAGUUCAUCAGGAGACGAGGAAGGUUUGCUCAAUCUGUUUCAUACCAUGGAAGAAACCGACCAUCUUCACAUAACGUUUAUACGCUCAGCUGAAAUGCAACAAUAUAAAAAGAAUUGGCCUAAUCAUGUCUUCUUUGUGCUGCCGGACGAUUUCGAUGAAAGCAGCGAUGCAGCUGUCAAAAAUAUCAUGCAGAGCUUCGCCACGCAAAAUUACAAGAAUGAAGUAAAACGAUUAAAAAAUGAAGGUAGCAGUGAUGCAGUAUGGCCGUUCGUUCUCAUGAUGAAUGAUAAUUUGGUUAUGUGGCAAAAGCUUGGAAAACAAGUAGCACCAGACAGUAGUAGCGACUCUGAAGAAGAAGAGGAAGUCGAAGAAAAGAAAGGGCGUCGAAAUUCCGACUCUGUAAUGUCACCACUGCGAGACACCUCAUCUUUGCUUGAACUACUUUUAUCGCUUGAAUCCAACAAGAGUAUAUCUGAAGUCGGUUUGAUUGGCGUGCGUCCAUGGAGUUCUGGUCAAGAAGAAUCUAACCUGCCAUCUUUUUUGCGUACGUUCGUCCACUCGUGUGUGUUUCUCAAUGUGAAGGUAACAGGGAAUAUUUCGCUCUCAACUCACGUGUAUUCCGGAGAGGAGAUAGAUUUCCAGUUAAAAUUGAUUCGCCACAAUAUCCCUUUUGGACGACUUGAACAGUUCAGUUUUAUGGCAAAAGUAACCACUCGUACGACUUGGAGGGGUGCGGAUAACUUCAACUCAAGCCCUUCGUCUCGAUUGGUCGUGCCGCCAGAUAUGGAGACAAUGAAAGUAAUCAAGGCAAACGCACAUUUAGUUUUGCAAACGUAUCUGUCCAUGUCUGGUGACACUUUGUUUCCCUUGGCUGUCGAUAAUCCAGAUUUACCUGUUCUUGUGAUUGGUGGAUAUUUGGACUUAGGCAAGCACGUGAAUGUUUGUGUAUUGCAUGGAAAGGAUGACAUAGAGAGAGAGCCUUCUCCUUUGAAGUGCAUGCUUAACAAAACGUACGCAGGACUUGUAAUAUAUAACUGCUCGAAAAGUCUUCCUAAGACUUUCCUGCAGCAAUUUACCUUUGUGAAGGAGUCGCAAAUGGUAUUUGUGUGUAGGGAACGGUACGAACUUCGUGAGGAAGCCAUGAGGUUAGAUUUAGAAGAAAGAUGGAGAAUUCGUUUGCGCGAUGAAUAUCAAACUGCUACAACGUCAGAAGACAGUCAGAAAGCAUUUUAUUUCUUAACCGGCUCUUACAUAUGAGUAAGUUUGUCUGUACUCUAAUAUAGUUUAUUUUUUGCAUGUUGGAAAUUUUUAGAACAAUGUGCUUUGCAUGGAGAACUUACUUUAUUCUAGGAAAUUACCGAAGUACAAAAUUAACGCGAAUUUUCCUUAGUAAAGAAAAAAAAAUUAGUAUCAUUCUAAAACGCUUACCCUGCUAAUGUGAUUAAGACAGGCUAGAGAGCAGCUUAUAUUGUAGACAUUGCGAAGAAAAUAAGAGAAACUGGUCAACGAGCCUAUUUUUUUAAAAAAAGAUAAAAUUUUGCUUUCUUGAUUUUCUGUUUCACGUUAUUUUAAUGCUUUUUAGAAGUAAGUCAAGCUAAAUCCCGUUAAUGAAAUUUUUUUUAAGUUAUAGACAUUCGCGUUAAUUUCUUCAUGCUAAUUUUGUGAUCGUUAACUUUAUGAAGCAUGACACAUACCUUAUAGUAUGUAUCAUGAUUCAUAAAGUUGAUGCAAAACAAUUUCAGAAGAAAGUCGCAAGUUAGCCUUCAUUAAAGAACACGUGUGAUAUUUGAGAGGAAAAAAUUGGUUCACAAAAAAAAUUUCUUAUUUUUCUGAUUAAUGCCAGAUACAUUAAUUUUUUCUUCUUCGCUGUGAAAAUGUGUUAAAUUAUCAGUGAAGGUUUUGCGAUUCUUUUUUUAUAUUUUAAAAUGUUAAUUAAAUCGAUUGAAAUAAAUUUGUAGCGAUAGUUAAAUUCAAUAAAUUAAGACCACCGGGGGAUCACGAGGUACCACGCUCACUCUCUUUUAAAAAAAUGGUCGUUCGCUCGUCAUGUAAUUAUUGUUUUAGCGAAAAAAGAAUGGUGGCUCUGAAGUGCACAAAAAUAAUUUUCAGAUACACAAUUUCAAUAAAUACACAAACAUACCAAAGACAUAACUGCGAUUACACACAAAGAUAAUCAAAAGCGCAAAAAUGAUGGAACUUCACUGGUCUGUCCUUGUGGAAAUGGGUGUACAUUAUUGGCGUCGAUACACUAAUAACCUGUGCUCAGGGAGGCAUUAUAUUUUUUAGGGCGCUUUGGUUCAAAUUGAUUUGUGUCGAAAAAAAGAAAACGACUAUUAAAAUCAAUUUGUUAUCGCAAUUGCACAUUGUUUUUUACACAUCAUUUUUCUGCCGUUUCAAGUAACCAAACAAACAUUUACAAAAUCAUUGGGGGUAGGUAGCUUUAGCUGAUCGCAUACGUAGUCAAAAUAUUCAAUGAAAACGACCUCUUCCUCACUAUGUGUGUCGUGAUAUUCAGCGAUAUUAUCUCUCAUCAUAGCAAUAUCUACAUCACUGAUUAUAAUUCCAUCUCCGCUAAAUUCAUGAGUGGAAAAUUGAUUAAAGAUGUUCCGGUCCACCACACACUUCAGCUGACUUAAAUUUUCGAAUGUAGUGCUAUUUCACUGUUUCUUACUCGAAACUAUUUCAGACUGAAUCUAGGGUCCAAAAACAGACUUUCAUUUACCAUAUCUUUAAGAAAUCGAUCAUGAAUCCGCUUUUUAAAUGCCAAAAGUCGGACCAUAAAGUUACGUUGGUGUACUGAAUGUUUUAAAAGUAGUUACCAUUUGUUAACCAAUUUGAAGUCGAUCAUGACUGUGUUUGCUGGGUGUUUGUUAUACCUCUUCAAUUUCUUAAAAACUACUUCUUUGUUUCUUUGCACUUUUGCGCAGCAUUGAGCUUCGAGCCUUUCCACUUUCUUAAAGAUAAUCCGAGUUUUCACUUUACCUAAACUCUGCGCUGGCUUAUUCAAAACAACUUUCUCACCACAGAAAGUACAACAGUUCUGUUCAGGAGAGAGCACGAUUCCGCACUUGCAACAAAACACUAUUUUACAUUAUAUCCCAUGAAAUCCGGUCGCUGAUUUUAUGUCAGUCAAAUAUUGUCGGUAGACGAAACGACAUUUUUGCUUACUUUAGAUUUUGCGUUUUUUGAUUACUUUUGCAUAUAUUUUUUUAAAAUUUGCGCAUCCUAGAAAUUUGUGUAUCCAAAUAUUUUUGUACACUUCUCAGCCACAAUAUUUUUUUCAGAAUUCUUCUUGUUAUAAAAAUUGCGUUGUAUAAACUUCAAUAUUAUUAGCUUGUAAAUAGCUUUUUUUUAUUUUGUACAUUUUUAUUUCAUUAAGGAUGAAGUAAACACGUCUUAAUUUUAGAAA